AGGACCCCCGGCGCCCGCAGGCGCGGCCGCGAGUUGCUCGUCGCCAGCCGUUGCGGGUCCUGCGGCGCAGGGCCCUCCUCCGAGAGCACCCUCGGCAGGCCCCUUCCCCUCGCAGGGCGCGGCCCCCGAUGGCUCCCCGCCGCCCGCCAGCCCGGCCACGAGGUGUUCGUCACCAGCCGUUGCGGCCCUUGUGGCGCAGGGCCCUCCUCCGAGAACACCCUCGGCAGGCUGUUUGCCCUCACAGGGCGCGGCCCCCUAUGGCUUGCCGCCGCCCGCCUGCGCGGCCGACGCGCCCGGCCGUGGCCUGCCACCGUGCGGCGGCGCCCUGGUGUCCGCCGGCCUGCCCGUGGGGGCCGCCGCCGCCGCCGCCGCCGUGGCCAGCGGCUCGCCCGCAUCGCUCAAUGGGGCCUCGCCAGCCUGGCCAGGACGACCGCUGGACGCGGGCGCCGCGCAUGCGGCCAGCUCCGCGGCGGCGGCGCCGUGCGGAACCCCGCCCGUCGUGGUCGGGCGCCCCCCGUCACCACCGGCAGAUGCAGGCGCAGUUGCAGCGCCCGCCGCGGCGACUGCGCCGGCACCUGCCGGGCCCGCCGUGGCAGGCGCCGCGGCGCCAGCGGCUCCCUCCGGGGCCCAUGCGGAGGCGUCCCCGCAGAUCCCAGUGUCGCCAGAGGCGCCCGAGGCGGCGGCGCCAGAUCCGCAGCAGCAGCCGCAGCCGCAGGCGCCGCAGCAGCCGCAGCAGCCGCAGCAGCCGCAGCAGCCAGCAGUGGCCGCGGUGGCGGCCGUCAGCGCCCCAGCCGCCGCGGCGGAUGGCGUCGGCGCAGCGGCAGGCGAUGGCCAGGCGCGAGGCGGCGGGGCCGCCGCCGCCACGGACGACGAGGCCGAGGUUGCCGCGGGCAUCCUCAUCGCUGACCCCACCGAGCAGGCCUUGGCCUUCGACAGCAGGGGCGUGGCCAUCAUCGUCCGGAAGCUGGACCCCGAGACGGGGAAGCAGCGCACGAUUGUGCGCAACGAGGACGGCACCUUCCGCGCCUUCGGCGAGACGACGCUCGAGUCGCUCGUCUCCUCGCCCGAGGGCGACACCAGGAGAUGGGUCGGCAACCUCACGGACCGCGAGCUGCGUGCGCUUGUCCACGAGGUCGGGAACCGCCUGAUCGUGGACUCGAAGGUGUACGAGUGCCAGAACGCCCAGCUGGAGCGCCUGGCGGACACUCAGCACCUGGCCUUCUUCGGCCUCUCGCCCGGCGCGGAGGAGAAGGAAGUGGACAAUGCGUACCGCAAGCUCGCCAAGAAGAUGCACCCGGACAAGAACGGCGGCACCGAGGAGGCGAAGUUGCGCUUCCAGAGGAUGAAGGAGCGAUACGAGGCGCUGAAGGCUCGGCGGUCCGCGGCCGCCGCGGAGGCCAAGAAGUCUGGCGAGGAGGAGGAGCCUGCGGAGGAGCUCCACGAGGAUGGCGACGCAGCCCUCGCCAAGGUGGAGGGGCAGCCAGACGAGCCGCGGAGAAGGGAGGCGUACGACGAGGACGAGGACGACGACAGGGGCAAAACGGAACCAGAGAGCAGGACCAUCGAGUACGACCCGAGCGACCGCGCGUCGCUCCACAAGACGGUCUUCCGCAUGCUGGGCCAGCUCAAGACGGUGCGGCACGGGCUGGAGGA